AUGAAUCUCAAUGAGAAUUAUAUCGAUAAUACCCAUCUAAUUCCAGCAUCUAAGAAGGGCAACCAGGAUGAACUGUCUAGGGGACGCCCAUCAGAUCCGACCACUUCAAUUUCCAUCAAUAAUGAAACAGCCAUAUUCCAACCAUCACUAUCGCCUGCCACCUCUAUGAACGCCUUACCACGAUCAACGAAUGCGUCCUUUGUUGGGUCCAUGAGAUCAUUGGCCGAUUUAAGGAAUCCACCGCCACUUUCUUCUAUCCAUAUGUCCAAUGAUGAUAAUGAUGCGGCUACCAGUUUGAUGACAAGAUUGAAUGAGAGUAUAUACUCAUUUGAUGGGACUUUGAGUGGAGGUAAUCAUACCAUGAUGAGGUCCAUUGUUAGUAAUGAGAUACCGAAUGUUUUUCAAAAGACAGACGAUUACGACAAGAAUUUCUUCAUAUUUACGUCUGCCGGGAAACCUAUCUUUUCCAUGUAUAAUGAUGCUGGUGAUGAUGAUCGUCAAGUGAGUUCGUUAAUGGGGAUCAUGACUACUAUCAUUGAUUAUUUCAAAUUAAACAAUUCAUCAAAUUUGAAAAUGAUAAAUUCUAACGUCUCUGGGUUGAAAUUCAUAUUCUUGGACAAGUCUCCGAUCUUACUCAUGGGUUACUCAAAACGAGGGGAAACCUCGGAUGAAAUUCUGAAGCAGCUUGAUUUAUUACAUUCUUACAUUUUAUCCACAUUGAACGAAAGACAAUUAUGCCGAUUAUUUACCAAGAGAGAUAAUUUUGAUUUACGAAAUUUCCUUGAACCCACUGAUUUUGAAAAUCUAAGAGAAUUAUGUCAUUUAAUGAACGGUAAACUCUAUCCAGAUCUCUUAAUAAACUCUUUACAAUGCCUACCUUUAAGAAAGAGUAUUCGUACACGAAUCCAUACACAAAUGUUACAACAAUUAACGCAAGCCACUUCACACGAUGAGAUCACCCGAGGAACACUACUUUAUGGCCUUAUUGUAUCUAGCCACAACAAGAUGUGUUCUGUAUUACGACCCAGGGGGCACACCUUACACACAACAGAUUUACAAUUGUUAUUCUCUUUGAUCUGGAAUCAAUUUCAAAACAUUGAUAACACACAGGAAUUAUGGGUUCCCAUCUGUUUCCCCAAAUUCAAUUCCAGCGGGUUUCUAUAUUGCUAUAUCAAGUUUUUAAGCGAUGAACAAGAAUAUGGGAGUGAGCAGGAGGAAACUGAGGGACGUCGACCUGUUCUCGUUUUGAUCAGUGCAUCAAAGGAUGCGUUCUUCCCUUUGAAAGUCUUUGGGAAUAAGUUAGUAGAUUCUCUGCGUGAGGAUGGGUUGCUCGAUUAUAUUGUUCAUUCAAGAGGAUUCCGAGUGAGAGAUGUUCCGGCACCGUUGGUUCAUCAUUUCAUUUAUAAAUCAAAGAGACAUGUACAAUAUGUGAUGCCCGAGUUGGAAUUGAAUGAGAAUGAAGAUGAGCUGAGUGAGGAGGCGGAGAUUGUUAGGUUGAGUUAUGAAAGGAAAUUGCAGAAUUACUAUCAGCAGUUGCAUAAUACAGUUACUUCUGAUGAUGGUGUAGAGUUGAAUGGGUCCAUUUUGAAUUAUAUUCAAUGGGGGGAGGAAGAGGAAGAACAAGAAGCUCUGCCCGAUGAUACCAGUUUGCACUUUCAACGUGAAAAUAUUCGUAUGAUGGGGUUAUGUUGGAUCACGCCCAAGUUUGAAUUAUAUGUUAUUUGUAACAAUGGAGUAACUGAUAAAGAAAUGAUUCUUCGAAGUGCACAAAAGAUUGUAUCAUGGUGUCGACGUAAUGAAUCGCGAUUGUUUAUUCAAGAUGGAGCAAUAUUUUAG